AUGGCCGCCUAUGCUGGGCUGUUCCGCGUCGCCCUCGUCCUCAUCGCCGCCGCCGCGACCUGGGCGGCGGCCCUAGACGACCCGGCGGGGCUUCUGCGACGGGCCAAGGAGGCGGAGUUCAUGGACUGGAUGGUGGGGGUGCGCCGGCGGAUCCACGAGAACCCUGAGCUCGGCUACGAGGAGUUUGCCACCAGUGAGCUCGUGCGGCGCGAGCUCGAUGCCAUGGGGAUCCCCUACAGGCACCCCUUCGCUGUCACCGGCGUCGUCGCCACCGUCGGCACAGGCGGCCCGCCCUUCGUCGCGCUUCGGGCUGACAUGGACGCGCUCCCUAUGCAGGAAAGCGUGGAAUGGGAACAUAAGAGCAAAGUGCCUGGGAAGAUGCAUGGAUGUGGCCAUGAUGCACAUGUUGCUAUGCUAUUGGGUUCUGCUAGGAUUCUUCAGGAGCACCGUGACGAGUUGAAGGGUACUGUAGCCCUUCUUUUCCAACCAGCUGAGGAAGGUGGUGGUGGAGCCAAGAAAAUGGUAGAAGCCGGAGCUGGGGAAAACAUAGAGGUCAUGUUUGGACUUCAUGUAGCUGACAGUGUGCCAAUUGGUGUGCUGGCAUCCAGACCUGGUCCUAUAAUGGCAGGGAGUGGAUUCUUUGAGGCAGUAAUAAGUGGAAAGGGAGGGCAUGCUGCACUUCCUCAUCACACUAUUGAUCCGAUACUGGCUGCAUCCAAUGUUAUUGUAAGCCUUCAGCAACUUGUUUCCCGAGAAGCUGACCCCUUGGACUCACAGGUAGUAACGGUUGGAAAGUUUCAAGGUGGUGGAGCCUUCAAUGUUAUCCCUGAUUCCGUGACAAUAGGCGGUACCUUCCGAGCCUUUUUGAAGGAGAGUUUUAAUCAAUUGAAGCAGCGAAUUGAAGAGGUGGGCAGUGAGAUGGUUGGCCCCAACAACGUGAGAGAGAAGCAGCCACUGAUGGGUGCCGAGGACUUCUCCUUCUACACGGAGGCCAUUCCCAAGACAUACUACUACUUCGUGGGGAUGCUCAACGAGACUCGUGGACCGCAGGCGCCUCAUCACUCCCCCUACUUCACCAUCAACGAGGAUACACUGCCCUAUGGUGUGGCCAUGCAAGCAUCGUUGGCUGCUCGCUAUCUGCUUGAGCACCAGCCUGUUACCGCUGCUAAGGUGGAACCUCGCGACGAGCUGUAG